CUUCCCCUUAUCAACUUGCACCCUCAUCCUCAUCCUUCCCAUAUUUCUUUCAACGUUAUUUUCUCUUUCUCCGACCAUUUUUCAGCUUCUCUUACCGAAUUUGGCCACAUUUUCUUCCCUAGUACCAGCAAUGUCCACCUCCAAAUCCUUGGACAAGUCCUUAAAUGACCAUGAGCUUGGCCAGGUUCAAACGGGUUUUGCAAUAAUCCAGCGUAAUAUGUCCCCAUCUCAACCUGGUGAAAGAAGAGGCCGAAGAAAGCAAGCCGAGCCAGGGAGGUUUCUUGGGGUGAGGCGGCGCCCUUGGGGCAGAUAUGCUGCCGAAAUCAGAGACCCAACAACUAAAGAAAGGCACUGGCUCGGCACAUUCGACACUGCUCAGGAAGCAGCUCUUGCUUAUGACAGGGCGGCAUUGUCCAUUAAAGGCACCCAAGCAAGAACCAACUUCGUAUACGCUGACAACUCCACCUUCCACACUCUUCUUACACCAUUUGAUGUUCAAGCCCUCUUACCAACAUCACAGUUCCUCACUACUACUCAGACCAAACAACCGACCAACAGGAAAAGUACUGCACCUAAGCCUAACACUGCUUUUCAGAGUGAGAACCCUACCCUGUUGAAUAAUAACAUUGCGUGUGCAGAAACUUCAUAUGGGAAAGCAGAUGACAAUAGUUUCUUCUUUUCUGAUGAUUCUAACUCGGGCUACUUGGGAUGCAUAGUUCCUGACAACUGCUUGAGACCUCCUUCCGAUCCCACUACUCCAAAGCCCACCAAUUUUAGUGCUUCAAAUGAUCGAAGCUCUUGCUAUGUGAACACGGAUUCCAUGGAAAUUCAAUCACAUUGUGACAGCAAUGCGCUUCCUUUAGACUCUGUGAAUGUGCCACCAACAGCAUCAGAUUACGCUGGAGAUUUUCCUGGCUUCUAUGAACUGAAUCCUGAAUUGUGGGAUAUACAGCAGUCAUGGGGGUCGAAAUCCAGUGAAGUCUCAGCCAUGACCGACAACCCGUUGAUGGUGGAAGAUGGGUGCAUGGAUGCUUUGUAUCCAAUCAUUGACAAUCCCAGUUAUGGGAUAACGCCUCCGGCAUCUUCCUCAACCUCUUGCUCUCCAUUAUUUUCUCCUUAUGGUGAUGGAGUUGACUUUGGCUAUUCACUCUUUUGAGUGUAGGUUCGACGUUCUGAAGUCAUUAAUCCGCUUAAAUGCAAUUAAUGUUUUUGUUGUAGUUUUGCUUUUGCUUGCCACUCUUUCUUCCACUACAGUAAUUACACCAAAACCUUCCAUAGCUGAUCAGCAAGAAAGAGUACUACUGGAAUGUCCGUUUUGGUCCCGCAAAGAGUGAAUGAAAGCUUUUGGGAAAGCUCUAUUUGGUUUCUUUCAU